GGCUUUGAUCCACUGUAUCCUUACUGGCGGGCUGAAUUUGUCGACAAGGAGCUAAUAGGCUAUGAUGGCAGUAUGCGUUCCUUUGUGUUGACGCAUUUGGCAAAUAUAUCAUGGCAUUGUCAAGCACCGCGUCCUCUCUCUUUCCUUCACGUCAUUCCCUAAGCCGAAGCCGAAGGACGUCAACAUGAAGUCUUUACUGACUUUGACAUCGAUCGCCAGCUUUCUGAGCCAGACUGCGCUUGGCGCGCCCCGGCCGGUAAGGCGACAGAACUCGACCCACUGGUCCAUACAAGAGUGGGAUGCGAUUGUCGUCGGUGCCGGAACUGCUGGAAUCAUUGUAGCAGACCGGUUGAGUGAAGCUGGGAAGAAGACUCUUCUAUUAGAACUCGGUGGCUCUUCGUACGGAAUCACGGGGGGCACCGAGAAGCCCGCAUGGCUUGACGGAACGGACUUGAGCCGAGUUGAUGUACCUGGUUUGUAUAAAAGCAUCUUCAAUGGGGGUACAAACAUAUUAUGCCCGCCAGGUGUUACGAAUUCUUUCCAGGCCUGUACUAUCGGUGGAAACAGUGCAAUCAAUGCUGGCCUUUACUUUCAACCUCCAGCUUCUGAUUGGGACGACUGGCAUCCGGAGGGGUGGAAGAGUGUUGACGUCCAAAAUGCUACACAACGUCUCCUAGACAUGCAGGCUUCCGUAACUAGUUACUCGGAAGACGGCAAGUUCUACAUGCAAAGUGGUUAUGAGGCAGCCAAGAAUUGGCUUGUUGACAGUGCCAAUUUCACCGAGGUGUCGUUCAACGAGACUCCAGAUAAUAAGGAUAGGGUAUUCGGGCGGCCUGUCUACAAUUACAUCGGUGGACAGCGAGGCGGCCCGACAAGGACCUACUUACAAGACGCCCUGAAGAGAGAUAAUUUCCACCUGCAGACGGGUGCUCAUGUGAAACAUGUCAACCAUGUUGGCGGCGUGGCUUCUGGUGUGACUGUCGCGGUUGACGGCUCGGAGUUAGAAGUUUCGCUUUCUAAGAACGGUCGAGUUGUCCUAAGCGCCGGUGCCAUCGCUACCCCGGGUCUUCUAAUGCAUUCCGGUAUUGGCCCUCUUGACACACUUUUCAACAUGUCCGCAGCUGGAGUGAUGCCAUUCAACGCCACAAGCUGGGUCUUCAACCCGUCGGUUGGCGAAGGUCUCUUCGAUAACCCGAACACGUUCAUUGAGCUCUCUGGACCGACAAUCCACUCAUACGUCCACAACUACAAUGAUCCCAUCCCUGCGGAUAGAGAUCUCUAUCUAUCUUCUCGUAGUGGCCCGUACGCAUUCGCAUCUCAAACCUCGGCUUUCUGGGCUUACCUGCCCAACCCUGACGGCACUAAGACUGGUCUCCAAGGCACAAUUGAUUCGUCGGGGUUCGGGGAAUUUACGAAGAACAAUACCAUUACACUUAAUAUCUAUGGUACCUCCGGCCUUGGCUCCGCGGGAAGUGUCAUCCUCUCCAACGACGGGAAUUUCACGCCAGGCCCGAGCUCCGACGUCUAUUACAGUGAUCCCCGUGAUGGGUUGACCAUCGCGACGUUCAUCCACUCUAUCUUCCAAGCCUUGCCGCCUUCGUCACCUGACGCUCCAGCAGCUGAAGGUCUUACGCCGCUCAACAUUCCUCAGAAUUCAACGGUGGAAGAAAUCCGAAAGUACAUCACGACGUACUCCACAUAUGCUGUCGGCUCAGUCCAACAUUGGUCUAGCUCGUGCAGAAUAGGGAAGUGUGUUGAUGCCGACACGAAGGUCAUUGGCACCGAGAACAUUCAUGUCAUUGAUGCUUCUAUCCUCUCGCCUUUAACCGUGAACCCUCAGUUCGGUGUGAUGGUCGCGGGGGAGAAGGGCGCGGAACGAAUGCUGGCAACUUGGUAAUGAUAUAAUGUGAAUAUGUAGCUUGAAGUUUGACUUGUUCUAGACGGCGUUGAUCUUAUACCACUUGGAAAAAUAAUAAUAAUAUCCUAAUGAUAAUAUGAGUGUCAAACUCAAGUUUGCAAGCAAGUUCGCUCUCAGUCUGAACUUCCUUCAUCACCUUUACCAGCAUCAUCGAAUGUGAAGUCAAGCUUACCACGAUGAUUCACAAAACCCCGUGCAGCCGAAAUGGGGUUAUGGAGGGAGGGAUACCCAUUCCAUCUCCAAUUCAAGAGUUGCUAUUGGAUGAGGCUUAUAUAUCGGGGCUGGUCCACUAAACAAGGUAAACUGUA